AACACCUGCGGGACAGACUUCCCCAUCAAAACCAAUGGAGAGAUUGUUCAGGCUCUGAAGGCCCUCAACGGGAGAAACAGCAUGGAGACUGAGGCCACCAAUGACUACAAGAAAGGCCGUUGGCAGUAUCAUUACGAUGUGACUAACACAUCUGUCAUCAAGACAGAUGUGAAGAAAAGCCCCCCACCCAUUAGCAGCCCCAUGUUCCAAGGAAAUGCUUACUUUGUGGUCACGAGAGCCUUUGUGGAACAUGUAAUGCAGGACAGAGAGGUUCAACAGCUUCUGGAUUGGGAGAGGGACACAUACAGCCCUGAUGAGCACUUGUGGGCCACUCUACAGAGGAUGCCCUCUGUUCCCGGAUCAACACCAGCCAACUCCAAGUACGAUACAUCAGACUUGCUGGCCAUCGCUCGUGUGGUGAAGUGGGGCUAUUUAACAGGAGAUGUGAAAAACGGAGCCCCGUACUAUCCCUGCACUGGUGAUUACAGAAGAGCAAUUUGUGUGUACGGAGCUGUUGACCUCCCGUGGCUCAUGAGACAACAUCAUCUCUUUGCAAAUAAGUUUGAUCCUCUGGUUGAUGAUGUUGCUAUCAGAUGUCUGGAGUCAGUCCUGUAUCACAAAGCUUUAGGCCAUGACCCACUGCUAACAGAUCAAUAUUCCACCACGUUGUAA